CUCUCGGGCUACUGAAAAUCUUAAUGGUAGUUCCUGUAGUCCCGUGCUGGGAGCGCAACUAUAUUUCACCAAUUCGAAAGCGUCUGCAAUUAUGAUAACGACUUGCAGGUUAUCAUGUUAUCAUAUUCCCCAAAUUCCCGUUAAGCGUCUACUUUCAUUCCGAAGUGAGUGAAACUCCUGGAUUGUUUCUGGAAGCGCUUUGCCAAUGUCUUUACUUUGUGUAAGAGUGAAAAAAGCCAAGCUCCAGGGACCUUCAGACAAAUUCAACACUUACGUGACUCUGAAGGUGCAGAAUGUCAAAAGCACAACAAUCACCGUGCGAGGGGAUCAACCUUCCUGGGAACAAGAUUUCAUGUUUGAGAUCAACCGGUUGGAUCUCGGGCUCAUUGUUGAAGUGUGGAACAAAGGUCUCAUCUGGGACACCAUGGUGGGGACAAGCUGGAUCCCUUUGAAACGUAUUCAACAAUCAGAAGAGGAGGGCCAAGGUGAAUGGCUCCUCUUAGAUGCAGAGGUCGUGAUGAAAGCAGAUGAGAUAUACGGUACCAAAAACCCGACCCCUCAUCGACUCUUACUGGACACUCGCUUUGAGCUACCUUUUGACAUCCCAGAAAAUGAGGCAUUGUACUGGACGGACAAGCUGGAGCGAAUCAAUUCUAUGGAAAUCCAUGAGGAAUACCCUCUUCAGGACGACGUUGAUAGUCAUCCAUUUCCCCCUACAGCUUCCCAGUGUUCCUUGGAUGACCUGGACAGUGCAGUAGAUGACCGGGACAGCGACUACCGCAGUGAGACGAGUAAUAGUUUACCGCCACGUUACCAUACAACAGCUCAGCCCAAUUCCUCCGUGCACCAGUAUCCCAUUGGGCCUAGGCCACAUCACCACCCAGACUCAUGCACUGAAUCAAUCCACAGUUUUGAACUGGAAUACCGAGACCAGAGAAUAAGUCCAGCGGAAAGUAGUCGCUUUGGGUCAUCAGGAAACCUGAGUCAGACCAGUUCUCAGCUGAGUGAGAUUGGCCACGAAAGCACUGGAGGGUCAGAAAUCGAAGAAUCCUUCCACUCCUAUCACAGCACCAGCUUCUAUCCCUCCUCAAAUGGACAUUUUACAACACACGGACAGUCUGCUGUUGGUGAGAAGGUUUUGCCUGGACUGUCCGAUGCAAGGCGAAGUUUGCCAAAUGACACUCCAAGAGAGAAAGCAUUGUCUAAACUUAAACGGUUUCAUGAUGAAGGCCCACCUUUACCAUUUUCUCCAUCCCGAGUUCGCUGGUUGAAGGCCAUUAAUAAAGUGAGGGUUCAGCUUCGGGAGGUUUGUAAUGAAUCACCCAGCGCCAGACAAGCCUGGGUAAAACCAGGUGGUGAACCAGGGCUUUAUGGGAUUGACAGCAUGCCAGAUCUUCGUAAAAAGAAGCCUAUUGCCUUGGUUAGCGAUGUGUCCCUUGUCCAAGCUCGGAAGGCAGGUAUCGCUUCUGCGAUGGCUGCACGAUCCUCCAUCAAGGAUCAGGAGCUGAAAAACCAUGUUUACAAGAAGACGCUUCAGGCGCUGAUCUAUCCAAUAUCUUGCACCACGCCGCAUAACUUUGAGGUGUGGACUGCCACAACACCCACAUACUGUUAUGAGUGUGAGGGGCUGCUGUGGGGAAUUGCACGACAAGGUGUCCGCUGCUCAGAGUGCGGUGUCAAGUGUCAUGAAAAGUGUCAGGAACUGCUGAAUGCUGACUGUCUCCAACGUGCUGCUGAGAAGAGUUCUAAACAUGGAGCUGAGGACCGGACUCAGAAUAUCAUUAUGGCAAUGAAAGACAGAAUGAAGAUCAGGGAAAGAAACAAGCCUGAAAUAUUUGAACUUAUCAGGGAAGUCUUUGUCGUCAGCAAAACUAUGCAUUCGCAGCAGAUGAAGGCAAUCAAGCAGAGUGUACUGGAUGGUACUUCAAAGUGGUCUGCCAAGGUCACCAUCACAGUUGUUUGUGCCCAAGGACUUCAAGCCAAGGACAAGACUGGAUCCAGUGAUCCGUAUGUCACUGUUCAGGUGGGCAAGACAAAAAAGAGGACCAAGACUAUCUAUGGCAACCUCAAUCCAGUGUGGGAGGAGAAGUAUCAUUUUGAAUGCCACAAUUCAUCAGACAGAAUCAAGGUGCGCGUGUGGGACGAGGAUGAUGACAUCAAGUCAAGAGUCAAGCAGCGUCUUAAGAGAGAAUCGGACGAUUUCCUCGGGCAGAGUAUUAUUGAAGUCCGAACACUGAGUGGAGAAAUGGAUGUGUGGUACAAUCUAGAGAAGAGAACCGACAAGUCCGCCGUGUCAGGGGCCAUCCGCCUCCAGAUCAACGUGGAGAUCAAAGGGGAGGAGAAAGUGGCGCCAUACCAUGUGCAAUAUACGUGUUUGCAUGAGAACCUGUUCCACCACUCUACAGAUAUCCAUGGACAUGGAGUGGUGAAAAUCCCAGAGGCACGAGGAGAUGACGCAUGGAAAGUUUAUUUUGACGAAGUGCCGCAAGACAUCGUGGAUGAGUUUGCCAUGCGUUAUGGAAUUGAAUCCAUCUACCAGGCCAUGACGCAUUUUGCCUGUCUAUCUUCUAAGUACAUGUCUCCCGGAGUCCCUGCGGUGAUGAGCACCCUGCUCGCCAACAUCAAUGCCUUCUACGCCCACACAACAGCCUCCACCAAUGUAUCCGCCUCCGAUCGUUUUGCUGCCUCCAAUUUUGGGAAAGAACGCUUUGUUAAGCUACUAGACCAGUUGCACAACUCUUUACGCAUUGACCUCUCUACCUACAGGAACCACUUCCCUGCCAGCGACAAGGAUCGCCUCCAGGAUUUAAAAUCCACUGUGGAUCUCCUCACCAGCAUCACAUUUUUCCGGAUGAAGGUCCAGGAGUUACAGUCACCACCCAGGGCCAGCCAAGUUGUGAGAGAUUGUGUCAAGGCCUGUCUUAACUCCACGUAUGACUACAUCUUCAAUAACUGCCACGACCUGUACAGCCAACAAUACCAGCCUGUGGAAACGAGCAAGGAUGAGCUCUCUUUGGAAGAUCAGGGUCCAAGCAUCAAGAAUUUGGACUUCUGGCCCAAACUCAUUAUGCUUAUUGUCUCCAUCAUUGAAGAAGACAGGAACUCUUACACACCUGUGCUGAACCAGUUUCCUCAAGAAUUGAAUGUAGGGAAGGUGUCAGCAGAGGUCAUGUGGACAUUGUUUGCACAAGAUUCAAAGUAUGCCAUGGAAGAACAUGAAAAGCACAGACUCUGUAAGAGUACAGACUACAUGAACCUGCACUUUAAAGUGAAAUGGCUCUAUAAUGAGUAUGUGAAGGAGCUACCCAACUUUAAGGAUGUUGUACCAGAGUACCCAUCAUGGUUCUUGCAAUUUGUGCUGCAAUGGUUGGAUGAAAAUGAGGAUGUAUCUAUGGAAUUCAUGCACGGAGCCCUCGAGAGAGACAAAAAAGAUGGGUUCCAGCAAACGUCUGAGCACGCUCUCUUCUCCUGCUCUGUGGUGGACAUCUUUACCCAACUCAACCAAAGCUUUGAGAUCAUCAAGAAACUGGAAUGCCCUGACCCCAACGUCAUGGCACAGUACAGCCGGCGCUUCUCUAAGACUAUUGCCAAAGUUCUUUUGAAGUACAGUGCCAUUCUUAGCACAAGUUUUUCUUCAUACAUUGACAAGGAGAAGAUCCCCUGCGUCCUGAUGAAUAAUGUGCAGCAAUUGCGAAUCCUGCUGGAGAAGAUGUUUGAGUGCAUGGGUGCCAAACAGAUGGACACAGAGGCGAGUGAUCUGCUGAACAACCUGCAGGUUAAGCUCAACAGUGUGCUGGAUGAGCUCAGCGGUACAUUUGGGAACAGUUUCCAGAGCUGCAUCAAUGACUGCAUGCGCCAGAUGGCAUCUCUGCUAUAUCAGAUAAAAGGGCCUCUCAAUGCCAACACCAAAGACCAGGUGGAGGCCGACUCUGAUAACGUGCUCAGGCCACUUAUGGAUUUCCUGGAUGGGAAGUUGACGCUGUUUGCAACCAUUUGUGAGAAGACUGUUUUGAAGCGUGUGCUCAAGGAGCUGUGGAGGAUUGUGAUGACCAACCUGGAGAAGACGAUCGUCCUCCCCCAGUGCAAUGACACCUUUGUAUGUUUUAUGCAUGUUUAUAUCUUUGGAUUCGGUUGGAAUGCAUUAUUAUGUUCAUUUAUUGGAGUUUUCUUUUUUUUUCUUUCUUUUUUUAAGGGUGCACAGAUUCUCUCAGCUGCAAAAGAACUCGGUCAACUCUCCAAACUCAAAGAUCAUAUGGCAGGGGAGGCGAAGAGCCUGUCUCCGAGGCAGUGUGCUGUUAUGGAUGUUGCACUGGACACGAUAAAGCAAUAUUUCCAUGCAGGAGGGAAUGGUCUGAAGAAGGCCUUCCUGGAGAAGAGUCCUGAGCUGUCCUCACUUCGCCACACCCUCUCCCUCUACACUCAGACCACUGACACGCUCAUUAAGACGUUUGUAGCCAGCCAACUUGCCCAAGGCUCAGGUGUGUCCGACCCGAUUGGCGAGGUGUCCGUCCAGGUUGAGCUCCACACUCAUCCUAAAAGUGGCGAGCGCAAAGUUUCCGCCAAAGUUGUGGCAGCCACCGAUUUGAAAUGGCAGACACCUGGAAUGUUCCGGCCUUUUGUGGAGCUCACUAUGAUUGGACCACACUUAAGUGACAAGAAACGUAAAUUUCAGACCAAAUCCAAGAACAACACCUGGUCUCCCAAGUUCAAUGAGACCUUCCACUUUGGCCUAGGAAACCAGGAUGGGUUUGAAUGCUACGAGCUGCAAGUGUGCGUCAAGGACUACUGCUUCGGUCGAGCGGACCGGGUGGUUGGCUUGUCCGUGAUCCAAUUAAGAGACAUCAUGGAGAAAGGCAACUGUGCCUGCUGGUGCCCACUCGGUCAGUGCAUUCAUAUGGACAACACGGGCCUCACUGCCUUGCGGAUCUUGUCACAACGUUCUAAUGACGACGUGGCCAAGGAAUUUGUGCGUCUAAAAUCGGAAACUAGAUCAGCCGAAGAGGGCAGAUAAGGUUCAAAAUAAUGGACUGUUUGGUGGCACCCUAUGUAGAUCACUAAUGCAUUAUCCCAUUAGGUAGUUGCACAGACUCACUUUGUGUUCCUCAACUUCACACAUCUUCUCAUCUCUCAUUAGCUGUGUGCUCAUUCCAUUAUCUCAACUUCCUGCACUUCCAGAGUGUUAUACAAUAACCCCAGCCAAUCUCCUCCAACCAACCACUGCCACCGUAUUUCAUGCCUUACACCCAUAAAUUAAAACUGUGAAUGUGUCAAAUGAAGUCGUUUGAAUGCUCAAGGUCCGCUGUCGUGCUUUUGAGCAAGGUAAAGAUGACAAUCAAUUUUGUCUCAUACAGUGUCAAAGAGGAUCGAAUGGGGCUAUUAUUUCAAGAAAAAGGUAAUUUAGUAGUAUUUCUAACCACUGGAUGAGUUUAUGUGACUUGUGCCAUUUUUAUUUUAUUAUUUUUUUUUAACUGCAAUGAAAAUAAUCCCUGAUAUUCUCCAGUAUUAUUAUCAUAAUGUAAGUGGUUGAUACGGAAUGUGCAACAUUGGUAGAGAGUACAGUACGUUUUAUUUAUAUUUUUAGAUUUUAUUUAUUUUUGUGUCCCACUACAUGUAGUAUAUGUCGAUGAAAUUGCACAGUUGUUCCUGCAGGGUUGUUAUAAGUUGUAAAGAAAAUAACUUUACAGGCAGUAAAGACAGCCCUCACAAUUACUUUACAGCUUUGUGUUUGCUAUGAAAUUGAUUUUCUCUCUCUCUCGCUCUCUCUCGCUCUAUAUGUGAAGGAAUUAUUAAAUCUCAACUAUUGAACAUUUUCUUCCAAAACUGGAGGGAAAAAACUUUUUUGAAUUUAGCAGCACAACUUCUGAGUUCAUUUUUUUAAAGUGUUAUGAAUGAUUUACACAUAGUUGUCUGACAAGAGUUAGAGGCUGACUGCGGAAACAUUAAACAACGAUGCUUCCAUACAGGAAAUAUUUUGGAGACACAGUCUUGGACUUUCACAGUCUUCACAGUCCACUGCUUUCAAAAAUUCUUAAAUGAAGGAAAAACUAAGCUUCUAAAACUUUAGGACUCCCAAAAAUGUGAAUAAUCUGUGUAGGUUUAUUCAUAAAUUUGUCCCCAAACCGGCUUUCUGGUUCUGUUUUCAUCAGCUCAUGCUUUCAGUUGCCUUAUUGUGAUUUGUAAUGUUUAUAUUUUAAAGCUUUUUCAAAUCAUGCUCUAUAUUUUGCCUGUCCACGCUGUGGUUUUCUACCUCUUAGCCCAUUCUUGUAUCCCAAGUAAUAUUCCUUUUUUUUUUUUUUCAAUUUAGCUCAAUUUUGAGAUGUUUUUUUCUGUGUUUUAUCAUGUAUGUUUGUGUAUUAUGUUUUUAAUUUGGAAACAAUAUGAUGGAUAUAUUUAUUUGAUUAACACUAAUCCAUGUGUGCCAUUUUUUUCAUAACUGAUGGAGAAAUGUUGAAAAUGUCACUCAGAAUGAAGGCUGUUUUUGCAAUAUGAGAACCUCAAUAUUGGGACAGUUUUCUUUGACCAAAUGACCUGUAGAAACGAAAUAGACUAUUUAAUAUACUGCACAUGCUCCUUGUGCCAUUUAAAAAGAAAUCUGGAUGUUGAAUUUUGCAACUUCACAGUCCGCUAACACAUACAGUAAAUUUUGAAAUCGUAUUUGUCACUGUCCACCUUGUUGUCAUGUAAACAUUCUGAUGAAUUUUCUAUAAAGUAUCCAUAUAUAAAAAUGUGUACCUGAUUUUUUUUUUUUUUUUUUUUGAAAAAUGAUGAUUAUCAAAGUUUAUGCAUAAUCUUAAGGUGUAUGUGAUGUGAUGUUUUUUCUUUUCUUUUUUUUCCUUUUUCUUCUCUUUUUUUCUUUCUCACACUUUUUGUAUGAUGUAUUUUGGCAUUUUAGAUUUCACCUUUUUAAAUUCUUGUAUAUCUCCUUUUGUGUGAAUGACAUGCACCGUGACCAUUAGGUGUACGCUGCCUUUCACCCAAAUUCAGCUAUUAUUACUCCUAAUAUACUUUUUUACAGUACAAUUUUUCAUAGUAGUUGGGUUCUCA